AUGGAGUUUGAAAAGGCGUGGGAGGACAAGAACCCGCGGAAAGCCUACGCUGUACUAAAACAGUAUAGCGGCGAAAUGAAAAGAUGUUCUCCUGUCCUCAACACUGCCAAUGGAGUAACUGUCGGUGAAGCAACCCUUCCAAUUUGGAGGGAACACUUCAAGACCUUGCUGAACUGGCAAACGCAGUCAGCCCUUGAACUCAAACACGCUCAUAGACCGACAUGUGUGGUUAACGAGGGGCCACCGACCGAGUCGGAGGUUCUAGUCUGUAUUCAAGAAAUGAAGUAUGAAAAAUCUGGUGGAGACAACGGGAUUAACGCAGAAAUGCUAAAAUAUCUGCUUCCGUCUGGGAUUCGUGAGAUGACAAAGAUCAUCUCCUCAAUAUGGAUAGUCGAAAGAAUAUCUGACUCGUGGAGACACGCUAUCAUAAUUCCCUUUCACUAG